AGGGCAGGGUGAGGAAGAAUCUUCUUGAUGGACUUUCAGGAGGCUAGCGAGGAUGGGAUUUUCGAUGUGAUAAAAAAAUGUUAUUUGUACUUGACCUAAUUUAUAAUAUCUUCGCCAAUAAAAUAUUUUCGAACGUGGUGUCAACCGUACCAUGGGAUUGAUUGUGGGUAUUUAAAGAGCGAGAAAAAAAUGUCUGUAUUCAAUUCGUUUGUCUGGAUUCGAAUGCGAACAACAAUCAUGAUUGGAUUCGUAGCCGCACUACUCUUUGCAGCAAUUGCAGUGGCAACACCGAUGGGAGACACUGCUGUAUUUGGAAUACGCACCGCACCUCUUAAAUAUGCUUAUCCUGUAGCACCAGUAGCAUUUGCAACCCCAGCAAAGGGUGCUGAAUAUUCAGAUGAAUCUGGUCCUGCACCAAAUGCCGAAGCAUCCGCUUAUUCUGCAGAAGCACCAAAUGAAAAUCCAUCUGUCAAAGAAUAUGCCCCUCAAGACGCUCAGCAGAGUAUUGAUGACUCCAAACUUGACACAUAUUCUACCGAUCUAAAUGAAGAAGCUCCUGCUGCCCCUGAAGAACCAAACAGAAAUGAACCAGCAGCUCCUUCAUCGGCCGUAUCAUACGCAUCUGAUGAAAAAGAAAUUACUCAGCAAGAAAUUGCUGCUGAUACUCAAUCUGAUGAUUCGCCUAAUAUUAAAGGAUAUUCAUACGGCUCUCAAGUUUCACAUGCUGCAGUAGCCCCAGCUCCUGAAUUGAGACGUUAUGCUUAUUCAUCUGAAGUCCACCAUUCAGCCCCAGCAUUCCCAGUAGCUCCUGCUCCAAUCGCUGUAGCAGCACCCGCAGUUAAGGGCUAUGCUUAUUCUUCAGAAGUUCAUCGCGCUGCUCCAGUAGUCCCCGCACCACUGAAAGGUUAUGCCUAUUCUUCUGAGGUACAUCAUUCAGCCCCGACAUUUGCAGUAGCAGCUGCUCCAGCUCCAAUUGCGGUACCAGCUCCUUCCAAGGGCUAUGCUUACUCCUCUGAAGUUCACCAUGCUGCUCCAAUACCAGCCGCUGUUGCAGUACCAGCUCCUGCAAUUAAAGGAUAUGCUUAUUCUUCCGAAGUUCAUCACGCAGCUCAACCAGCAGUUGCAGUUGCCGCACCAAUUCCUUCUGUGAAAGGUUACGCCUAUUCUUCCGAGGUUCAUCACUCAGCCCCAGCAUAUGCUGCUGUACCAGCUGCACCAGUAAAAGGAUUUGCUUAUUCAUCUGAUGUUCACCAUUCAGCACCAGUAGCCGCUAUCGCCACAGCACCCGCAGCUGUAGCUAUUCCAGCACCAGUCCAUAAUUACUAUGCAUCUCCAGCUGUUGCUGUAGCUGCCCCGGCUGUUAAAGGAUAUGCUUAUUCUUCUGAAAUUCAUCACGGGGCCCCCGCAGUUGCAGUACCAGCACCAGCUCUUACAGUGGCAGCUCCAGCAGCUAAAGGUUAUGCAUAUUCAUCUGAAAUUCAUCACGGAGCCCCAGCAGUUGCAGUAGCAGCCCCUGCUGUCAAAGGCUAUGCGUAUUCAUCUGAAAUUCAUCACGGAGCCCCCGCAGUUGCAGUACCAGCUCUUGCAGUAGCAGCUCCAGCAGCUAAAGGUUAUGCAUAUUCAUCUGAAAUUCAUCACGGAGCCCCAGCAGUUGCAGUAGCAGCCCCUGCUGUCAAAGGCUAUGCGUAUUCCUCCGAAGUUCAUCACGCAGCUCCAGUAGUAGCAGCUCCUAGAGUUUUUGCAGCCGCUGCCCCAUCACUCAAAGGACAUGCCUAUGCCACAGAAAUUAGACACGGAGCUCCAUCUUUAUCUUAUGCGUCUGAAAUUGUGCAUGCACCAAACCAUUAUAAAGGUAGCCGCUUUGUUAGUCAUUAUUAAAGAAACAAGUAUUGGUGCUUUAAAUUAUUUUGUUUACAUCAUCGCUAUGAAUGAGAGCCAAAGAUAUAUGAUGAAUAAAUGCAAGUAAUUCACAAUUUCUAA